UAAAUUCGAUAUACACUUUCCAAUCUAAAACUUUUCCUUUCCUAAAUUUUUACUCUUAUUAUUACCAAAAUUUUCUCUUAUCAUACUUCAGUAUUUUACUGUCCAUAGUCUUACCACACGCAAAAUCGCAUAUGAACUAUUCCAGUUGCUUUCUCCAUGUCCCCCAAAUUUGCAAUAUUCCCUUUCAGAUUCCCAAUAUUAUACACCCAAAAAAUACACACCUUGUCGCAUUUACUUCAAUGGUGGGGUUUCCAUUACCGUUGAGCUUUCUCCUGUAUAUUUUGCUUUGAUUCUUCCCCUUUUUUUCCUGGGUUUUGUCUGAUCUAACAACAUUUCCUAGCACAAAUUUCUCCUGCUUCAGUAAUUCUGCACUUUCUUGAGGAAAAGAAAGGUGGGGUUUUGUGGAAUUUUUUGAAUCUUGAAGGGUGGGUUCACAAUCAAGAAAAAGGUGAGAUCUUUUGCUGGAAAACCCCUUUUUAAUUUUUCGAAUCUUCUUUAUUUUUCUGGGCCCAUUUUCAGAAUUCUUUUCUUUACCUUAUAUGAUUGCUUAAUUUGCUUGGAUUGGGUUUUGUCCCCUUUUAAGGAAUCAUGGCAUAAUUUGGAGUAAAAUCAAUGUCAAUUUUCUUUUAAAAGAGGGAGAAGUUGCGUUUAUUUUCAAGGGUUAAUUGAAUUGGUUAUAUUAUUUGAUGGAUUGCUGUAAUGGGUAUGUGAAAUUGUAGCUUUUUUUAAUGGGAUUUAGUUUGGUUGUCUAUAUCAUUUGAUUGGUGUAACAAAGAAGAUUGGAGAAUUAUAUUUUGAUUGGUUGUUUUGAUUAUAUAAUUUGGUGGGAUUGUUUUGGCACUUGAUUUGACUACCUGGUAAUUGGUGUGUAUAAAUGGCGGGGGGUGUAGAUGUAUCCAAGUAUGCUCACUGUCCUGUUCAUAAGGCGAUUGUAACAAGAGACCAUGCCGCCCUCCGGAAAAUACUGUCCGGCCUACCGCGUCUUUCUGAUCCUGCAGAUAUUCGGUCUGAGGCAGCCUCCUUGGCCGAGGAAGAGAAGGCUGAUGCUAUUUCGGCUGUGAUCGAUAGGCGUGAUAAUGUGCCUAAUCGAGACACGCCCCUGCACCUUGCAGUGAAACUCAGUGAUGAGACUGCUACGGAGAUGCUUAUGAUGGCUGGUGCAGAUUGGAGUUUGCAGAAUGAGCAGGGGUGGAGCGCGCUGCAGGAAGCUAUCUGCAAUAGGCAGGAAGCGGUUGCCAAGAUUAUAGUUCGGCAUUACCAGCCGUUGGCUUGGGCAAAAUGGUGUAGAAGGUUGCCUAGGUUAGUUGCAACUAUGAGGAGGAUGAGGGACUUUUAUAUGGAGAUUACAUUUCAUUUUGAGAGCUCAGUGAUUCCUUUCAUUUCUAGGAUUGCCCCUUCUGACACCUAUAAGAUUUGGAAGACGGGUGCCAAUUUGAGGGCGGACAUGACUUUGGCAGGUUUUGAUGGUUUUCGGAUUCAACGUUCUGAUCAGAGUGUUCUUUUCCUUGGAGAGGGGUCUGAGGAUGGAAGGUUCCCUCCUGGAUCGUUAUGUAUACUCAAUCACAAGGAUAAGGAGAUAAUGAAUGCACUUGAUGGUGCUGGUGCUCAAGCUUCUGAAGCAGAGGUACAGCAAGAAGUGGCUUCCAUGUCGCAGACCAACAUAUUCAGACCUGGAAUUGAUGUGACUGAGGCUGUUCUUUUGCCCCAGCUCACUUGGAGACGCCAAGAGAAAACAGAAUCAGUUGGUCAAUGGAAAGCCAAGGUCUACGAUAUGCACAAUGUGGUUGUCAGCAUUAAAUCAAGGAAAGUCCCUGGGGCUAUGACUGAUGAUGAGUUUUUCUCUUCGUGCAAUGAUAAUGAGACAGACACUGAAGAACUCAACGAGAUUUUGUCGGAGGACGGAAGAAAGCAACUUGAACUUGCACUUAAGUCAGAUUCAUAUGAAGGAGCCAAUGAGGGCGUUGAUGACGGGAUUGUUGGGCCUCGCCAUAGUUGUUAUGAAUCCAGGGAGAUUCCUAUUGAGGACGUAAAUGGAUAUAACCAUGUGGACAGCAAACAUGAGAAAAAAGGAUGGUUUGGCAGUUGGAGGAAGCGGGAUCAGAAGUAUGAAGGACAAAGGAAACUUGUUCCUCCCAGAAGCUCCCUUUCUGUUGAUGAUAAAAGGAGUGAUGUCGGCAACAAUUCUCCUUCUAGAAAUGCAAUUAAACCGGGAAGGCAUUCCGUAGAUGUUGUAAGGGGGGAUGAGUCACAAAGAGGGAGGGACAAAAAAUCAUCUUCAUCAGGGAUGGUUGAGAGUGGCAAUCGUCACAAGGACGGAAGUCAGGAGAAUGAAUACAAAAAAGGACUUAGGCCUAUUCUUUGGCUAUCCUCUACCUUCCCACUACGUACAGAAGAACUUUUACCUUUGCUUGACAUCCUAGCCAACAAAGUGAAGGCAAUUCGGCGUCUAAGAGAACUGUUAACUACAAAACUUCCCAUGGGAACAUUCCCUGUCAAGGUUGCUAUACCAGUGGUUCCUACAAUUAGAGUAUUAGUUACUUUCACAAAGUUCGAGGAAAUACAACCAACUGAGGAAUUCUCGACACCUCCUUCCAGUCCCACAGCUGCUUCUGAUGAGAGUCCAGCAGUAACCAGUGCUUCAAGUUCCUUCUGGUUCCGAUGGGCAAAAGCUCCUUACCAACGAUCAACCUCAUCUAGUGAUAGUACUUCUGGCAACAAGACAGAGAGUAGUCAAGACCCAUUUGCUAUCCCUUCAGAUUAUGUUUGGAUUACUGCUGAAACAAAGAAAAAAAAGAUGGAAGAGAAGAACCGAGCUAAGAAAGGGAAAAACAAAGAGCAACCAAGUCUGGCUCAUUAAUUGGAGUGGUACGGUAUACAUAUUAGCUUGUGAAACAACUGACAAAACAGGAAUUCUUGAAGGGCAGAACAGCAUAUUCAUUUACCAUGUAGAUAGUAGGAGUGCUGACAAAGUUGGGAGAGAACUUUUCUGCUCUGUUGAAAGGAUUCAAAGUAUACUGCAAAUGUGGGUGUUUAACUAUAUACUACUAGAGUUGCAACUUUGCUGCAGUUGUAGUUCUUUACGCAAAGUUUGCAUGCAGUUGAUUUAUAACGAAAGGGAACUAAGUUGAUUUCUCAUUGCAUUCUUUUCGAUUGGUAUAUUAUCAAUCAAAUAAUCACGCUGCUUUUGUAUUGGAGAAAAGGAGCACUGUUGUUUGCAAAUUUCUGCUGAAUCCAAUAUCGGCUUUGGAAAUUAGUAUGCUUUGUUCUUGGUUCAAUAAGCUUACUAGAAAUCAUUUCAUAUCAUCACUUAUCAACCUCACAUUUUACACAA